AUGACAAGCAGUGCGCCUCAGUCGAGCCGGACUUCACCCAUUCCGCUCCUACCUGACGCUCGUGGUGGUUCUUUCUUUGAGAUAGUUCGGCAAAGCAACACAUCUGCAACAGAUAACACCCUUUCCGACAUGGACGACUACACAAUGUCGUUCAAGAUCACGGAACAGGGGAAUUACCAAGAUCAAGAUAGAGAGCAAGAGCUCCAUAGAUGGAUCUUGUUAGUUCCGCUAACAGAUGCUCACUUAACGAAACAGCGCCCACUAGACCGUAUACAGGGUCUUGCCUGGAACAGGAUCCAAGUUAUCGAGUCAGCAUUCUAUGUCGCAAGUCAUCUUUCGCAAAGUAUUGGUGGUUCUGCGAGCCCUCUAAACGUCGGGGGAUACGGCGAGGAACAGCCAGAGAUACCGUCCAUUGAGUUUCUGACUUGGAUGUUGAAUGAUCUUGGAGGCGACAGAUUCGGAUCAUUUGUAUUGGAUUACUUCAAACACGUGUCUCGAUCAACACUUAAGCAUAUGGGACUGUCGCUUCUUCGCAAGACCGCAUCUCCCCAUGACACUCUCCUUUACACGGUCUGCGUCAAUUCAGUGGCCUACAAGUUUAUAAAUUGUCUGUUGGUGGAUGAAGAUGACGGUGAGCUUUCCCAGAUGCUACGAGAACGCGCUGCGAAGUACAAGCGAACGGCCCAGGCUGCGUUGAGGAGGAUCCCACUCUUGACAUCACCUUCACUCGCUCUCUUACAGGCUAUCCUUUGCGGUAUUUUCCUAUGCCAGGGGUCAGGCGAGACUCAGCUGUGCUGUGAUUUGACGCGCGUUGCUUGUAGGAUUUGCGUCGAUCUCCGCCUCCAUGCAGUCGCCAAUUCGCAAGGUGUAACUGAAGAAGAGUACUUCUGCGCCAUGUGGUGCUAUAUACUUGACAGAAACUAUGCCUGGAAGCUUGGAAGAUUCAGCUGUUUCCUCACCGUUGAAUUAGACAUUGAUGAUACUCCAGUCUCUGAGCAUUUCUCCAUUUACAUGGGGUUGGCGCAUGUACAAAGUGUGCUGAUUCCCUUCCUCAAUGACGGAUCUCUCUCGGAAAGACAAACGGCAGGCCAAUCCUUUAGUCAUGCGCGAAUCCAGUUAUUCCUGAAAAUGAAUAGAAUUCGGCGCAAGAUAGACCAGAUCUCGCCUCCAUCGCCUCUGUGGAAAGGCCUGGAUGUCCACUGCGAAGUCGCGGCCCUCGAUUUCGGUUAUCAUUCAAUCAUGACCACCAUCCUCCACUUAACACAAGUGAACUCGGGUGAGAUCCAUGGCGCUGGAGGGCUUUACCUCCAGUCAGCUCGCCAGGAGCUCUCGGCACUGGUAUGUCUGUGUCGACCAAGCAAUCAGCAAAGAACUGCUGCCUUUCUGCACUGGACUCUGCUCUACUAUCCUCUGACCGCCUGCUUCGUCCUAUUCUGCAACGCCGUCGCGACAUCCCAUCUAGGCGAUUUCCACCUUUUAAACACGGUCGCGAACUGCUUGAUACAAAGCGGGACGGUCAGUCAACCGAUUGCCACACUGCAGCGGCUGUUCCAUGAGUUUGUCUUGCUGUCCCAGGCCUUCAUCAGUCAGCCAGGCUCAAUGACGCCUGUAGAUGACGGAGUUGUUGAGAAGCGAUCCAACCUCACACAAGGACCCGCUCCUGAUCGUAGCUCAAUGUCCCUGCACGGGAUAGGCUCUGCACCUGGACAGGAUCAAGCAACGUUAUCAAGUGUAGACGACUAUUUGUUCAGUUCGUCAUCUGUGUUUGAUCAGAUGCUGUCUCAAGGCGAGCUGGCAUUCCCAAAUGAGUCACAUUCUGAAGGGAACCUCGCUAGUGAGAUAUACGGCUAUCAGCAAUGUAACUCAUGGUUCAGUUGA